GUCAAAUCGAAAACUUGUCAAGGCAAGAAAAAUAUUCACUAAUUGCAAUCAGACCUAUUUGGAUUGUUCGAAUAUUUAGAGAUGGAUAUAGCAGAGAUGGAUAUAGCAGAGAUGGAUAUAAUAAUACCAUCAAGUGAUGAAGUGUACAUCAUUUCGGAUUCCGAUGAUUCGCGAGAUGAGAUAAGAAAAGAGCUAAUGAAAUUGGAGGAUAACAGGGAGAAAACUAAAAACAAGGAAAAGUCUAAGAACGAAUCCAGCCAGAUCAAAAUGAACAAAUGGUAUUUGAAAGAAUUUGAAGACCUCAUGGGUCUCGAAAUUGCAGACUCCGAUGAUGAAGUGGACAUAGAAGAUCGUAAGAGCGAAAAGUCGAGCAGCUCGGAAUCCGACAGAAUAAGUGAUUCGGAUGAUUCCAACUCAGAUGGCUCUCCCACCGAAUGGAUUAAAAAUGUAAAGAACGUUAAUCUAUUUGCAUUCAAUAAAAGUAAUGAAGAUAGCCAACCGAAAGCUUGUGAAGAACUGCCCUCGAUGCCAGUUUUUAGUGGCCCAAUGCCAUCGAUGCCGAUUUAUGACGCAGAAACCUGUCAAUUUGAAAUGGUGGCACCCAUCAAAGAACCGGAUGUAAUUAAGGAUGAAAUUAAAGUAAUGAUGCCAAAUAAGUUGGAUAAUUCCGAUUCCGAGUCGGAAAAAGAAAAAUCGCAACCCGAGGAGGAAGAUGGUCCUUUCGACAGUAACUCUAGUUCCAGUUUUAGUUUUAGCAGCUUACUAAACCUAACUGAUAGUAAUGAUGAUGAAGAUGAUGAUGCUCAAAAAGACUGUGAUGAACAGGGUAGCGAAAAAAAACUAACUUACUGGGAGGAAAUGUCAUUACGCCCCAUUGACAGGGGCGAAAUUUCUCAAGAAGAACUAAUGGCUAUUUUGAAGGAAGACGAGAGUCUGGAAAAUCCGAAGAAAGGCCCUAAUUCUCCAGAUCAUCGAAGUGAUUGUGAUGUCGACGAGGCCAUUAAGUCCCGUGAUGGCUUGGAUUUUUACGAAGAUCGUUCUGAGUUUCCCGAAAAUAGGGAAAAUGUUAGCUUGUUGGUUAUCAAAGAGGAUUCGGUGUUUGCGGAUUAUGAACUAGCCGUGAAGAAACUUAUUAAGCUGAUCCAAUCGGCACCGAGUCACUACAAAUACGAGAUAUAUAUACUAUUGUAUCCAUUGAUGGUCAUAACUUAUCUGCAAAUGAUGGCCAGUGAGAAGAUACAGAGAGCCAGGAUGUUUCUGAUUCGCUUUCAAGACCAUCUCGAUGACUCGUGUAUACCGAGAAUUAUGAAGCUCAGGGAUAUUUGCAAGCCAGCGGAAGUUCCAAAUAAAGCGCGGAAAUUAUUGGCGGGCCAUGAAAAAGUGAAAAUUGAAAUGUCGGAGGGUGCUUUUCGCCAGUUACUUCUGUGCUCGGAGGAUUGGACUAGAGGUCAGCAGGAAAAGUUGCUGAGCCAUUUUCAAAUACAAUCGUAUAGUGAAGAUGACAAGCCCCAGCAACGAUUUGCUCCAGGACAGCCUCACUUGGAGCCGAUUUGUUACGGUGCUCCAGAGCCCAUGAAUAAGAAAGACUUUGCCGCUCGUCCUUUUUUUCAAAAACGCCGCAAGAAGAGGAACGAACCGCAAGCACUAAAGAAUCUACAUUUGCCACCGGUAAACAGGGUGUAUAAUCCGAACCCCAAGAGAAUGGACUUGCUUCACAUGAAGAAUGAUGAACAGCAUCGAAUGAAACUCGAUCGGGACAACCUGCCAUCGACCUACUUGUAUACAACAUCUCCUUCCGAUGAGGUCGUGAUCUGUGCCAACUUCUCGGAGGGCAUUAGCAUGUUGGCUCUGGGAACUGUAUCCUCUAAGGUAUAUGUUUUCUCCCUAAAACCCUCGAAGUUGGUGCAAGUGAAAGCGGCACAAUGGCUGAAAGUUCUAGACACGGGAAUGGCUGGCGUUGACAAGGGUAUGCUAGAUCCCACCAAGAAAUACACCAGACGUACUCUGUGCGGACAUCAAGGACCUGUCUAUGGUUGUUCCUUCAAUCCGGAGGAUCGCUUUCUGCUCACUUGUUCCGAGGACUUCAGCGUUCGCUUGUGGUGCCUGCUGUCCUGGAGUUGUGUGGUUAUUUUUCCCGGCCAUUUGGCACCGGUUUGCUUUGUGGUUUAUGCGCCAAGGGGGUAUUACUUUGCCACCGCAUCGGAUGAUUGUAUGGCCAGAGUUUGGAUGCAGGAUAAUAGGAAACCCGCAAGAGUUCUACAAGGACAUUUGGCCGAACUCGCGGUGUGCCUAUUCCACCCGAAUCGCCACUAUAUGGCCACUGGAUCUGCUGAUUGCACUGUUCGGAUUUGGGACAUUGUCAAGGCUGUGCAAGUGCGUCUUUUUCGCGGUCAUAAGGACAGGAUAACCGCCUUGACCUACUCCAUUUGCGGUCGUUACUUGGUUUCUGGUGGCGAUGACAACCUAAUCAUGAUUUGGGACACAGCCAACGAGAUUUUGAUGCAGUUCUUUGACCAUCACAAGGCCGCCAUUAACACCAUGGAGAUCGCAUUGGAUAAUAACUUACUGGUUGUGGGUGGCCAGGAUUGCCAGCUGACCGUGUGGGACUUUGAGCAGGUGAUUAAGAACUACUUGAGCAGGGCAAAGGCAUCAAGAACGAAGAACCAGGCGGAAAGUCAAGAAUCUAGUGUCAAUCACUUGCUUGUUGGCUCGUUUCGCAGCAAGGGAGCACCAUUUUAUAUGAUUCGCUUUACCCGUCGCAAUCUCUUACUGGGUUUCUGUGUGGCUCCUCGAGGCUCGGAACAUGAUGUCCUUGACGUGAAGCCCAAUCAGCCCAAGGUGGAGAAGCGCAAGGAACUUGGCGAAUGGCUGGACUUUCUGGACCUCAUCAAAUUGAAGGCUUGUGUCGAUCUGAAGGACGAAAUUCAUUUGGAUACUUCACAGGUGGAGAAGGAAAACAAAUCUUAA